UCAUUGAAUACAAUUCCAAGUUCGCCCAACCCAGCCAUCAACCUCCUCCCAGACCAGUCCACGCUGCAUAUCAAUCAACGCCACGCGAGAAACCUUAUCGUCGUCGCCGCCUUCAUCGUUGGCGUCCCCAUCGCCUGAUUUCCGAUUUGAGCAGGAGAAGAUGGAGCCGGAGGUAGUAGAGGCGGAGCUAGUGUUGCCAACUUGCUUAAGUUUCAAAAAGAUCCAAAUGCACGAGAAGUACCCAAAGGGUCAAUCUAGAGGCAGGCAGUGGAAACACCUCAAGCAGAUCCUCCAAGCCGAGAAUUUCCAGAACGGCUCCCCUGAUGAACCCAAUUAUAUUAAUAUCGAAUCACCACCAUCUAUGCAUCCACCCAUGAGAAUUUGUGACAUGACUGGGUUUGAGGCGCCGUACUCUGAUCCAAGGACAAACCUCCGUUAUGCAAAUACUGACGUCUUCAAGAUGGUAAGAUCACUGCCACCCGAGUAUGUGCAAAGGUAUCUGGCCCUUAGAAACGCAGCAGUUGUUCUCAAAUAACUCCAGAAGUGUCAAAGAGACAGAUCACUUGGCCAAAAAGGGAAUUCUUCUGAUACAUAUUCUUCUACCUGCCCGCCUUCUGUAAACAGAAUCCAACGUUGGAUUACUGGUGUAGUCAUUGAAUAGAUCUCAAGUUAUUUUGCGCUACAAUCUGUCUGUGUAUCAUUCAUCAUCAUUGGAGUUAUUUUGGAGAAGACCAAUGAAAUGGUAUGAAUGUUAUUCAUAGAUUGCUUCGAUAUUUAAAAAGAUCACUUGGUAGAGGUUUGUUCUUUC